GCACACAAACGACAUUCGGCAAUCGUUGAGAGUAGUGAUAUUUUUCGUCCACAUGAUGUCGAAUGAAAUAGCAAAUUCCAUGAAGUAGUUAGUCAAACUCAAACACUGGCGCUUAAAGCACGUACAUUUUUUCCGCGAAUCGGCCUCACGAGAACAAGUGAAUUUGGAGAUUUCGGAAUCGGUCGCUGUUUUCGUCUUAAAAUCGGUGAAUUCAAUCAGUGACAAAUGUUGAAUGCCUGCAAUUAUUGUCAGUGUAAUUUCUGUGCUGUGUGAGACUAUCGUACUAAGAAGUUUAUAAAAGAGAAAAUCAUUCAGCAUCAGCAUAAUCAUGUGCAGUGAGUGAAUAAAAAAAAAUACUAUUGUCAACAACGGAUUAUGGAGCAUGUAAUGCAAUCUGAGAAAUUCAAGUGAUACAAACUAUACUGGACGGGAAAACACCACGUCGUACAAUACCGUUGUAAGGAUAGAGUGCUGUCUUUGAAAAGUUCUUUGAACCAGAGCUCUAGGAUCCGAAUUCAUUACGAAAAAGUGAAUGGUCUUGGACAUUGACACUCUAACAUGGAUGCCAAUAAUUUUGUGAUGUCUUCCUAUCAAUUCGUGAACUCACUUGCUUCGUGUUAUCCAAAUAAUGCACCAAAUCCCAACAAUGCCCAAACGAGUAGCAGUAGUGGUCAAAGUGACGGAUAUUUCCCGCCAUCGGCCUACACUCCUAACUUGUACCCAGGCACACCACAUCAGGCACACUACUCUAACCCUCAGUCGUACAAUCCACUAGCAUCGGGACCUGGAAACGUCAACGCUACCGGUACCAGCAGUGCACAUCAAACUAAUGAAAUGGUAGACUAUACACAACUGCAACCGCAAAAAUUUCUGUUGAAUCAACAACAACAACAACAGCAACAGUCCAGCCUCAGUUCUCAAAGUUGUAAAUAUGCUAGUGAAGGUACUAGUACAGGUACAAAUGUAGGUAAUAGUAGCAAUAAUAACAGUACCACAAGCCCGCAAGACCUAAGCACGGCAAGUACUAAUAGCAGUGGCGGCGGAGGAGGAGGAGGAAGCGGUAGCCGGCCGGACAUUUCACCGAAGUUAUCACCUAGCUCAGUAGUAGAAAAUGUGUCACGAACAAUGAAAUCUGCCAGCGCAGCAGCGUCAGUUAGUAAUAGUAAUACAAAUAACAACAGCAGUAAUAUUAGUAAUCGUAACCCAGUGAACCAAGUGAAUUUACCCCUGGGGAGCCCAGAAGGUGAUGAAUCCGACGCAAGUGACGAUGAUAGUGGUACUGAAGGAGGCAGUUCCCAAGGUGGCGGAAGUGGAGGAAAAAAGAGUGGAGGACCGCCUCAAAUUUAUCCAUGGAUGAAAAGAGUGCAUAUCGGCACAAGUACUGUUAACGCCAAUGGAGAAACUAAACGGCAGCGAACAUCCUAUACGCGCUAUCAAACUCUGGAGCUUGAGAAGGAAUUUCAUUUCAAUCGAUACUUGACGCGAAGAAGGCGAAUUGAGAUAGCUCAUGCUCUCUGCUUGACAGAACGACAAAUCAAGAUCUGGUUUCAGAAUCGUCGGAUGAAAUGGAAAAAGGAACACAAAAUGGCAUCGAUGAAUAUCGUUCCGUACCAUAUGUCACCUUAUGGACAUCCAUACCAGUUCGAUAUCCAUCCAUCACAAUUUGCACAUCUUAGUGCAUAGGACGCGUGGCACUUUUCGGGUACUGGUUAGAGACUCAACCAGCUUUAUCAGGAACAAUAUCAGGGAUAUCAAAAUAAUCAAGAUAGUGUUUUGUUCAGUGGCAACACUACACCAUCUGAUUCCACCAAGUAUAAUCAAGAGUUUUGACUUUCCCCGGCAUAGCUUAGGGAAAUUACGUUCUAGAAGCUUGACCGUCGAGGACUGGUAAAACUCACAGAAAUGUGUAAAGCAAGAUGAUAUCCCAGGUAGAAACUGUCGCAAGCUGCUGUUGAGAUAUUCAUUAUAUGAGAAAUCCUUUCUUCGAUUUUAUCUUUGUCCCCAAUUCAUAAUUUAUUGUACUUUCUGGUCCUUCUCCUAUCAGCUGUGUAAAUAAAUGAUAAAUUCGAAGAAAGAAUUAAUAAAACCUUCUCUAAUCAGUAUUCGAAAAGCAAGCCUCGCGUUACGUGAGGCAUCUCUAUACUAGUAUGUAAGCUAUCGAUGGUGUUACGUUUACUUUCCCAUAAUUUUCCAGUCGUUUGCAGGCUUGCAUACAAGCUCUGUGCUAUGAAAGUUAGCCAAGACUUGCACCAAUCAAUUUAGUUAUGGCAAAAUUAUGGAAAAGUUACUAUAAAAAUCGUACUUGUUUCGAUUGUAAGCUAUCAUUUUUGUUGUUAAUUUCCAUAGUAUAACAUUUUCAUCUGAUGUUUCAUACAAACAAACAUUGCCCUUAAUUGAAGUUUUUUUAGUUAGGUAUAACUUGAACAAGAUGAUAUUGGUCUGAGAUAUUCUACACUGGUUUUAGCCUACUCAGUUACGAGUUAUGCAAUUAAAACAUUAGAUGAACUGUAAAUAUAGUGUGAUGAAACUUUAAUUUAUUGAACUGCUGUAGAGCUCUUGUGAAAUAAUUUUAAGUAGUUAAAUAAUAUCCACCAACGAAGAUGCAAUAUUGAAAUACUAUAUCACUGACCUUUGAAUCAGGUGGUUGAAAAUGAAAUUCUAUUCGAUCAUGUUUAUGUUUAUGUUGUUUCAUUUAAAUUCUGUUUACAGAUGGCUCUGAAUCUUUUAUUUCUGCUCUAAUAUAUUCACGAAAAUUAACACAGACGCAUAACAAAUUCGGAUUACACAGGGAUUAUGUUGAAGCAACACUUUUCUAUGUCGAUGAAAUGAUAACGAGGCUUCUCGUUUGAAUUUUAAUAAAAUCAUUUUCUUGUGAAUAGCAAUAUUCAGGGACAAAUGAUGUUUCAGAAAUGUAACGAGUGUAAUUAGAAAUAACUAGAAUUAUAAAUAUAUUCGUUUUAUUCUAUCGCGAUAAGAAGCAUUAGCCAGAAGAUGAAAUCAUGAAAUUUUAUGCAUUCCGAGAUGACACUAUUUUACCGAUUUAAAUGGGAAAAGAAAAUAUUUCAAGUGAAAUAUUGUAUCAGUACAUCAGAUAGGAGGUCAUGUAAACACAUUUUGUAAUGAAAAUGUAAAACGAAACAAACAAUAGUCACGUUGAGAGCUGUUAGUAACCGUAGCAUAAUCCAACAGUGGCAGUCAAAACGUUCUAGGUUACAAUAGGUCAUUUACUUAAGACAUAAUUGCCGUUUCUAUGCCAGAAAUCUCAUUUCAAAGCGUGUUACGACGAAUUAUUGGUACAUUAGAAUAAUUGGGCAGCAAAUUUAUUUGAUUCUUCUUUUUUUUUGCUUAAGUAAUAUAGCUGCUAAAAUGCAUCCAAUUGAUUAGUUUUAAUUGACCGUCAAUGCAGCAAAAAUAAAGCAAAUGGAUACAAAUA